AUGUUUGAUCUAACGUUUUAUUGUGAUUCAAAUGACGAAAAAAUGUGUAAUAAAGCCAAAGCAACUUUCGAAUCUGUUGGAAGAAUUUUAACUUCAAAAUUAUUGCUUAAUACAAGAAUUGGUUUGAAGGCUACUUUUAAACCUUUGGAAGGGAAUUUGCUAGGUUCAGCAAGUCCGUCCCGAACAAUUCCUUUUAGAGAUGAAGAUGGAAAAAUUCGUUUAUAUGCACAAGCUCUCGCCAAACAAUUUCAACUAAAUGUUCAUCCAGAGUAUGCACCGAUUGAUAUUUUAGCUGACUUUAAUUCAAAUUUUCCAUUUUGGUUCGAAGGCGAUCCGCAAAUCCAACCGAAUCAAACCGGUUUUGAAGAACUCGUGUUGCAUGAAUUGACCCAUGGACUUGGUUUUCUUUCUAGUUGGAGUAACGAUUAUCUUGAUGAAAAUUCACUAUUCCUUACUCCGAAUAUUGAUGGCAUUAUUUAUAAUGUUGGGGAUAAUAUUGAACGAAAUUCUGAAUUGGUCUUUCGUGGAUUUUUGGAAAAUGCCUUUGAUAAAUAUAUGGUUUUAACAUCAGAUAAAACGCGUACGACAGAGUUAACAUCGAAACUUGAUAAAUUUCUGGAUGGUCAAGACACAAAAUUUGCUUCAAUUAAUGAAUUUAAAGAAAAGUUUAAGGCUUCACCACAAUUCGAUAUAGCGAAACAGAUGUAUACAACUUGUAUUAAACCUAAUUCUUUAGGUUUUUUACUUAAUACAUCUAAUUCAAAAAAUGACGUAGUAGUAUUAGAAACUGGUAUAGAUCCUUUUCUAAGCGGUUCUAGCUUAAGUCAUGUAGAUGAAAAAUUGUUUGAUAAUACUAGUGAGUUUUUAAUGACCUUUGAACAAACACCUGGAAGGACUCUGGAAGAUUCUAUCGCUGCAAGUGGUAGUGGUAAAGGCGGUAAAGAGGAGGCUAUUGGACCAAAAAUAUUGGCUAUUUUGGAAACUUUAGGAUUUGCCACGUCGAAUAAUCCGAAUCCUUACAAACCAAGUGUCAUUUUUCCACAAUCCUUAUCAACGGAAAAUUGUUCAUCAUAUUGCAAAACCAAUAUGACUAAUUUGUCAUCCGAUUCAAAUAAUCUUUCUGCAUUUAACAUGGCUUCAAUGAUUGUUGUUAUGCUAAAUGUUUUCUUAUUUUAUUUCGAGAUGCAACGAUGA